AUUUUAUUAUAAUCCAUGUCAAACCAAAAAUUGUCUAUAACACUCCGUAAUACUCAUUGAAAGAGAAUAAUAAAUGCAAAUAAUUGGCAUCAACAUCAGUGCUUAUCAUCCGCCCAACCCAACCCAUUUCUAUGUAGGGAGGGAGGCACCUUCUCUCUGUUUCCAUGGCUACCACAGUUUCCGAAUCCUAUUUCGCCUCUGUUCCGCUCCUCCUCUCUUUCCUUCUCUUCUCUGCUUCACAUUUCCCCGUCCUGUGCAUUAACAUCACCAAUCUUUUGUCUUCUUAUCCUGACUUCAGCGACUUUGCUAACCUCAUCACCACCACCGCCGUGGCCGCAGAUCUCUCCGCCCGUACAUCAAUCACUCUCCUUGCUGUACCCAACACCAUCCUCCGCGACUCCGAUCUCCUCAAAUCCCCCAAUUCAUCCCCAUCUUCCAAUUACGCCGGCGACGUAAUUCGCUACCACAUCCUCCUUGAGUACCUCUCCUUGUCGGACCUCCGACGGAACCCACCCGGCGUCAGAACUGUGACCACUCUGUUUCAGGCCACGGGCCGGGCAUCUGGCAUUUUCGGGUAUGUCAAUAUCACUCGGAAUCCGGGCUCCGGCACUGUCACUGUCGUUUCCCCCAUAUCCAACGCCACCGUAUUAUCUCAAAUCAAGGCCCUGCCGUACAAUGUCUCUAUUUUCUCGGUGAAUUCUCUUCUGGUCCCUUAUGGAUUCGAUCUCAUGGCGUCCGACGGUAGGCCACCUCCGGGCCUGAACAUCACCAAGGCCCUAAUCGACGCCGAUGACUUCAAUGUCGUGGCGUCCAUGCUCAUCGCAUCCGGCGUUGGAGGUGAAUUCGAACGCCACGAAGGCGGAGCCGGGCUGACACUGUUCAUGCCGACGGAUCAAGCAUUCUCAGAUCUGCCGGCGUCUGUUAGAUUCCAAUCAUUACCGGCGGAGGAGAAAGCCGAUGUCCUCAGAUUUCACGUUCUCACCUCGUAUUACCCGCUAGGUUCGCUUGAAGGUGUUGUGAACCCAAUUGAGCCCACACUGGCGACAGAGCAAAAAGGGGCGGAGAGGUUCACCUUAAACAUCUCCAGGCUCAACGGAUCUGUGGCGAUCGACACCGGAGUGGUACAGGCGUUGGUGAUACGGACGGUGAUCGAUCAGAACCCGGUCGCCAUAUUCGGAGUCUCAAAGGUAUUACUACCCGGGGAGUUAUUUCCGAAGAGUCCGAUUCAAGUUGAGAAACCUGGUGGCGGAGGGAGUGCCGUUUCAGGCAGCGUUGCUGAGGCGCCGGAAGUUUCUGUUUCGCCGGAAAAUCCUCCCGGUCUGUACGUUCCGACAAGGGAUUUAUCAUCAUCGUCAGGAUUUGUCAAGAAGCUCUCGUCGGCGGCUAGCAGACAAAGGAGUAGUCAGAAAAUUAUUGGGUUUUUGGUGUGUAGUGUUUCACCUACUAUUGUAUGGAUAAUUAUUACUCUGUGUAUUUAUCAUUAAUAGACGACUACUCCAGUGUUCCGUAUCAGUUACUAGUUACUGUGUCCUAUUUCUUUUUGAGGUAAGAGUCAGUUUGGUACUCGAAGUUGCAUAAAAGAUGUCAAAUAAGUCCUUAUAACGUCUUUACUGUCCGGGAGUCGUCAUUUGGAGCGGUUCACAGUGGAGUUUUUUGAUAAACUUUUUUGAUCAUCUUAUUCAUUACGUCUAAUUUACUCAUACCAAAUUUCAGAUAAAACUUAAAUCGGGAAAGCAUUAAAAUGAAGUCUUGAAGAUAACUGCGUAGUAAAAAGCGCAGUUAUCUUCAAGACUUCAUUUGAAUGUCUUCCCGAUUUAAGUUUUGGCUGAAAUUCGGUAUGAGUAAACUAGACUUUAUGAAUAAGAUGCUCAAAAAAUUUCAUCAAAAACUUCCACCGGAAACUGCCCCAAAUGGCAACAGCCGGACAGUAAAGACGUUAUAAGGACUUAUUUGACCCCUUUUAUGCCCCUACUUCGAGGACCAAACUGACUCUUACCUCAUUUCUCUUUUCUAAUUUCUACGUAGUUCACUGAAAAAACACUUCCACGUUUUUUAAAUUACAAAUUUAUUUAUCUUGGUCCAAAAGGUUGAAUGCCUAACCCCAAGGCCCCCCACCUCGACCCGACAGGAUGAUGGGGUGGUUAAUCACGGUGACUCGGUCAGUAAAGCGGCGGUAGGCCUUAUACACGUGCGCAUCAGAGGUUCAGUCUUAUUUCAGGUUCUGUAACCUCCACACGGUCGCUGCAGGUUUCGAACCUUGGUCACUUGGUCCAAUUUUCCCACCACUCGACCAACUGAGCUACCCGUGCGGAUUACAAAUUUAUUUAUCAUAAUAGAACAAUUUAAAGCAAACUCAAAUAGAUGAGAUUGAAUCUGUCCAAAGCAAAAAUUUUCAAUUCAAUGAAAUACUCUCUCCGUUCAACUAAGAUUGUCUCAUUUUAUCUUUUCAGGAAAUCCACUAAGAUUGUCU